GCCACACCACAGCCAUGGAGCUUAUACACUUCUCCUAGCUCACACAGCUACAUGAAACCAUCUUAGCAAUGGCUAUCAAGCAGAGCAGCUCCCCUCUGCGUGUUCUUGCAGAUCUAUCCCUACUGUUCUGCAUCCUGCUUGCCCCUGUAUGCUCAGCCGCACCAACCACAGCUCCUGCCACUCUCCUACAGCUGAAAUCCAGCCUCACUGAUCCCCAAGGUGUCCUCUCCGGCUGGUCGCCGGAUGCCGAUGUGUGCUCGUGGCACGGCAUUACAUGCCGGCCCGGUGAGGUGGGCAUUAUCACAGGCCUCAACCUGUCCGGGUAUGGCCUGUCAGGCGUGAUACCUCCGGCGAUCGGUGGACUCAUCUCCAUCGAGUCCAUCGACUUGUCUUCUAACUCCCUCACCGGGCCGAUCCCGCCGGAGCUGGGCAUGCUGGAGAACCUGAGGACGCUGCUCCUCUUCUCCAACUCUCUCGCCGGCACCAUCCCCCCGGAGCUCGGCCUCCUCAAGAAUCUGGAGGUUCUUAGGAUCGGCGACAACAGGCUGCACGGCGAGAUCCCGCCGCAGCUCGGCAACUGCACCGAGCUGGAGACGCUCGGCCUGGCCUACUGCCAGCUGAGUGGCACCAUUCCCGCUGAGCUCGGCAACUUGAGGCGCCUGCAGCAUCUGGCCCUGGACAACAACACCCUCGCCGGCGGUAUCCCGGAGCAGCUCGCCGGGUGCGCCAGCUUGCGCGUUCUGUCAGUGGCUGACAACAUGCUGCAAGGCAACAUUCCUUCGUUCAUUGGAAGCUUCAGCUAUCUCCAGUCUCUGAAUUUGGCUAACAAUCAGUUCUCCGGUGGGAUUCCGGCGGAGAUCGGCCACCUCUCCAGCUUGACAUACCUCAACCUGCUCGACAACGGCCUGACCGGCGCCAUCCCGGAAGAACUGAACCGGCUGAGCCAGCUUCAGGUUCUGGACUUGUCCAUGAACAACAUUUCUGGAAAGCUCAGCAUCUCAGCAGCACAACUGAAGAACCUGAAGUUCCUUGUGCUGUCUGGCAAUCUCCUUGACGGCGCCAUCCCUGAAGACCUCUGUGCCAGCGACUCAUCAAGCCUCGAGAACCUGUUCCUCGCCGGCAACAACCUUGGAGGCGGCAUCGAGGCCCUGCUCAACUGCGGAGCUCUGCAGGCCAUCGACGUGUCGAACAACAGCCUCACCGGAGCAAUACCGCCGAGCAUCGACCGGCUGUCGGGGCUCAUCAACCUUGCUCUGCACAACAACAGCUUCACCGGCGUCCUGCCCCCGCAGAUAGGGAACCUGAGCAACCUGGAGAUCCUGUCUCUGUUUCACAAUGGCCUUACCGGCGAAAUACCGCCGGAGAUCGGCAGGCUUCAGAAGCUGAAGCUCCUGUUCCUCUACGAGAACCAGAUGUCCGGAACCAUCCCUGAUGAGCUCACCAACUGCACGAGCUUGGAAGAGGUGGACUUCUUCGGCAACCACUUCCAUGGCUCCAUCCCUGAAAGGAUUGGAAACCUGAAAAAUCUGGCCGUGCUCCAGCUCCGGCAGAACGACCUGUCCGGCCCCAUCCCGGCGAGCCUCGGCGAGUGCAGGAGCCUCCAGGCUCUGGCAUUGGCGGACAACCGGCUCUCCGGCGCAUUGCCGGAGACAUUGGGGCAGCUGGACGAGCUCAGCGUGGUCACUCUGUACAACAACUCCCUCGAGGGCCCCGUGCCGGAGUCGCUGUUCCAGCUCAAGAACCUGACGGUGAUCAACUUCUCGCACAACCGGUUCUCCGGCAGCCUCGUCCCCGUCCUCGGCUCCAGCUCCCUCGCCGUGCUGGCGCUGACCAACAACAGCUUCUCCGGGGUGAUCCCGGCGGCGGUCGCGCGGUCGAGGAACAUGGUCCGGCUCCAGCUCGGCGGCAACCGGCUCGCCGGAGCAAUACCGGCCGAGCUGGGCAACCUGACGCGGCUCAGCAUGCUUGAUCUUUCGUUCAACAACCUCUCCGGCAACAUCCCGGCGGAGCUCUCCAACUGCGCGCUGCUCACCCAUCUGAAGCUCGACGGGAACAGCCUGACUGGCAGCGUCCCUUCCUGGCUCGGGGGGCUGCGGUCCCUCGGCGAGCUGGACCUCUCGUCGAACGCGUUGACCGGUGGCAUCCCGGCGGACCUUGGCAACUGCUUGGGCCUCCUCAAGCUGUCACUCGGCGACAACCAUCUCUCCGGCAGCAUCCCGCCGGAGAUCGGCCGCCUGACAUCUCUCAAUGUUCUGAACCUGAACAAGAACAGCCUCACCGGCGCCAUACCGCCGGCGCUCCGGCAAUGCAACAAGCUGUACGAGCUGAGGCUGUCGGAAAACGCGCUAGAGGGGCCAAUCCCGCCGGAGUUUGGUCAGCUGUCGGAGCUGCAGGUGAUACUGGACCUGAGCCGGAACAGGCUGUCCGGCGAGAUCCCGGCGUCCCUGGGCGACCUCGUGAAGCUGGAGCGGCUGAACCUGUCGUCCAACCAUCUGGACGGGGAGAUACCGCCGUCGCUGCUGCAGCUGACGAGCCUGCACCUUCUGAACCUGUCGGACAACCUCCUCUCCGGCGCGGUGCCCGCGGGGCUGUCGGGCUUCCCGGCCGCGUCGUUCGCCGGCAACGAGCUCUGCGGCGCGCCGCUGUCGCGGUGCGUGCCGUCGUCGCCCAGGCGGCUGCCGGGCACGGAGGUGGCCGCGAUCGUGGCGGGCAUCGCCGUGGUCUCGGCGGCGGUGUGCGUAGCGCUGCUGUACACCAUGCUGCGGGUGUGGAGCAACUGGCGGGCGGUGUCCGUGUCGAGCUCCGACGGCGAGGAGUCGGCGCACGGCGGCGGCCGCGACAAGUGGGGCGCCGCUGGGGACGGCAAGUACUGGAAGGUGGGAUCGCCGGUGUCGUCGUCGGCCGAGGAGAAGCACAGCUCGGGGUCCGAGACCAGCGUGCUCCGUGGCGACAAGUCGACGGAGGCUGCCGGCUGCGCCGCGAAGAGCUAGCUACGAGCUGGUUGCCUCUAUCUAUGAUGUUUAUGUACCAAUGCUUUAAGCCUUUAAUGGCUGUUUCUCCAUCCGAUCUCCUCUUCAUCUCGCGUUAUUGUUUCCUCCAUUGCUCUGUUCGUGGUGUUCUUGAUCUGGAGCUGUAAGGUGGAACGUGGUGGAGUGCAGUGGUUCAUCUGUUAGAUCUUCGGUACGCGCGUUCCGUUUCGUGGUUAUGGGCUUUGCUUGGAGGCCCAACUGUUUUGAGGAAACCUAGAUAGAAAAGAAAUUUUUUUUACCUCCCUAAACU